CACUACAAGCAUCACCGUCGUUCGGGCUUGACGUGUCUAGAAGUAUUUCAUCACCUUACUCUAAUGGAAGAGGGACGUCAAAAGGACUUGCAGUUGUUGGAGGAGAUUAUUGAUAAAGGUUUAAAACAGAAGCUUGUACAUGCAACUGCUUCACGGGACAAGAUCUUUGAAGAACAAAAAGUACUCUCUGACUUGCGGAAAAACCUAGAAACUCUGGAGAAAAAUGCUGUGAAUAGUCUCAAAACAAUGGUCAACCUUGGUUCUGAAGUUUACAUGCAAGCUGAAGUGCCAGAUACUCGGCACAUAUUCAUGGAUGUAGGCCUCGGAUUUUAUGUGGAGUUCACUCGGCAUGAAGCUCUUGACUAUAUUGCACAAAGGGAGGAAAGAACUAAAAAACAAUUAGAAGAGUAUACUGGUGUUAUUACGCAGAUCAAAGGGCGCAUCAAACUGGCUCAUUACCAGAUUCAGCAAUUACUCAAUCUUCCUGAAGAGAAUCCGUCAUCAUCCCGGCAACGUGCGCUGUAGUACACUCUCUAUUGGAAAACUGAGGAUUUUCUCUUGCAGUCUUAUCUUCUCCAUUUGUUUUGCUUAUUGUUUUGAGUUCUUAAAGCUUUUGUCGUAGAAAAAAGAGAAUUAACUUACUUAGUGUAA